UCCUCUGCUUCUAACCAUCAUCCACCCCCUCCUCCUCCUCUCCUCUCUCCACUUCUAUCUCAGCUCUGCGAAGAAGAAAAACGAGGAAACCAAGGAUUGGUGUGUUGCUCGACUUGAAAUUUUAUAAUUUUUUUUGCGCACAUAAUCUCCCCCCAACCACGUCUGACAGCCUUGCCAAAAAAAAAAAAAAAAAAAAUCAUUGCUUUUGAUGAUUUCUGAUGAUUUUCAUGUGAUGACAGUGAACGGCUGUGUGUCUGUGUGCGCUCGGUGUGCUCCGGUUGGCCGUGAUAUAACCGUCUAGGAUCGUUUGGAUGCUGGAGGAAGAGGCUCUGACGUUCCGGGAAGCUUCGUCCAUCCCUCCGUGUCCUCCUCAUUCCUGCGACCGGCUGCAUGACCGGUGAUGCUCGGCCUCUCCGCCUGGAUGCGCCCCUCUCUCCGCGGUGUGCCGUCGGUACCGCUGCCUCUAUCCCCCCAUAGCAGAUUUCCUCUGUCGCCGGAGAAAGGUCUAGGGACCACAUAUGGAAACUGGGGAUCAGAAUUUUAGGAAAAAGGAAAACUAAGCAGGCUGUCGUUUGAUUUUCAUAACUUAACAUUUUUCCUCCUCUCUUUGGCUUGAUUUUUUUUUUAUUUGGAAAGGGGGUUGAUCGUCCCUGGUUGGUUUAUUUUCCUUCAUCUCUUAAGGAAUGGCUGGUUUUCAUGGCAGUCAUGGUACCAGCUGAUUAUUUGGCAUUAUUUAUCGUUCUGUCCUUGAUUUUGGGGGAGCGCUUGAUUCUGCUGGUUUGAGUCUGUUCUUUCAUUUCUUACAGCACAUCCAGUCCUUAUUAUUUUUUUUGCUUUUUCUCCACAUAUUCUGGGCCCUGCCUGUCUGUCUUGUCUCCCGUCACCGUCUUCCCACAGAAUACAUGUGAUAGCCUGAUUGUUCAGAAAAGCCUGAGAUGAGCCUCCAUAAUUCACUGAUCCACUGGGUUGCAUCAAGGUAGUCAGAUCUCAUCCUGAAUUGUGUCAUCGUUUGUUGGAGGUCUCUGCUUCUGCCUUUCUUUCUUUUCUUUUCUUUUUUUUUUGGGGCCAUUUUAAAGAAAUCAGGCCGCCAACUGUGUUAGUCUUAACCACUCUCCGCCCCCACACCCCCAUGUUUCUUCAUCCCUUUUCAGUAUGAAUUAAUUCACACUGCAUGUAUGCGUGUGCUUGUCCAUGUACAGGUGUGUGCGGUUGAAAGUUUGGCUCCGUGAGCAAGUGUUUGCGCGUCUGUUUGUGUGUGUGUCUGUGUGUGUGUGUGUGUGUGUCUGUGUGUGAGCAGCAGAGUGACAGUGUUAGGCUGUAUGUGACGGCCUGAGUGGGGAAAAAAAAAAAAAAAAAUCAAGCGCUACGUGCACAUCGUUCCAUACAUCACCGUCGAAGCUGUGAGGAUUGUAAUACAUGUAACUGCUUUAGUCAGCUCGGAAAAGCCAAAUUCAGGCCUGAGACGACCACAGAGAAGAGGAGCAAAAUCCUCCAUCUUCUCAUUAUCUCGGCCUUUUUCAGAGUUUGACGUUUAGAGGCCUUCCAACUCAACAAAGUAGGCCUAGAUCCCAGACCAGGUCUCUUGAGGGAUCUGCUAGAAGCCUGUGUUUUUAGGUCAACAUUUUUUCCAGAGCAGGGCAACUUACUGCCACUUGAGGACUAGAAAUUAGGAACCUUUGUAGCUGAAGGUUCUGUCAUCCUCGCCAAAGUCUGUUUGACCCACCUGCCGGGCCAAACAGCCACCCAUCCACCCCCGAACCUUCACCCUCAUCUUAAUUUUCACCUGUUUGCUGCCCCCCCACCCAAAACCAACCAUACGAUUUCCCCCGAGCUCCCCUAACUCCCCCGCCCCCCCAGCGGCCCCCCGCUACCGUCGUCCGCCCGACGCCGCCCACCCCCCGCUUUCCGAGCUGGCGUGGCGACGCAAACUCACAAAUAUUUACUUCCUGUACAUCAAGAGGAAAGGGGGCCCCCCUUUCGUGGAAUGCGGCAACAUGGGCGUGUUUGACCGCGGAGUUCAGAUGCUGCUGACCACGGUGGGGGCCUUCGCCGCCUUCAGCCUCAUGACCAUCGCCGUGGGGACAGACUACUGGCUGUACUCGCGCGGCGUCUGCAAGAUCAAGAGCACCAACGAGAACGAGACCAGCAAGAAGAACGAGGAGGUGAUGACGCACUCGGGCCUCUGGAGGACCUGCUGCCUGGAAGGUUCUUUUAAAGGCAUGUGUAAGCAGAUAGAUCACUUCCCUGAGGAUGCUGACUAUGAGGCGGAUGCUUCUGAGUACUUCCUACGCGCUGUACGAGCCUCCAGUAUCUUCCCCAUCCUGAGUGUGAUCCUGCUCUUCAUGGGGGGGCUGUGCAUCGCCGCCAGCGAGUUUUACAAGUCACGCCACAACAUCAUCCUCAGCGCUGGCAUCCUCUUCGUCUCCGCAGGCCUGAGCAACAUCAUAGGAAUCAUUGUGUACAUAUCAGCCAACGCUGGGGACCCUUCCAAGAGUGACUCCAAGAAGAACAGUUACUCCUAUGGCUGGUCCUUCUACUUCGGCGCCCUCUCCUUCAUCAUGGCCGAAAUGGUGGGCGUGCUGGCUGUGCACAUGUUCAUCGACCGCCAUCGGGAGUUGCGCGUGGGGGCGCGAGCCGCUGACUACCUCCAGGGUGCGGCCAUAACGCGCAUCCCCAGCUACCGCUACCGUUAUCGACGCCGCUCACGCUCUUCGUCCCGUUCCACCGAUCCCUCGCACUCCCGCGAGGCAUCGCCGGUGGGCCUGAAGGCCUUCGGGACGCUGCCCUCCACCGAGCUGUCCAUGUACACGCUGCCCAAGGGCCAAUCGGGCACCCCGACAGCCACCUAUAACUCCACGGAGAGGGACCACAACUUCCUGCAGGUCCACAACUGCAUCCAGAAGGACCUGAAAGACUCAGGCGGCCACAGCAACACCGCCAACCGACGCACCACACCUGUAUGAAACUGACAGACGGCCCUCAGACACUAAAAAAAUCAGAGGGAACUUGGGGGGAGGCGGCAAAAGACAGAUCAUGGUGUAAGGAGAUGGAAAGAGGAAGCGAAAGGGGCUUAAAUGGAUUGAUGGAGUGAGGUUUAGUUAAGCAACAGGAGGGGAGAUCUGAGCGCUCCACAGCACCUCAGAUGAUCAGAGUUUAAAAAAAAGGAAACAGAAAAAAAUGCAUAAAAAAAGAAACAUGCAUGAUUUUCCCAUCUACCAUUGUUUAACGAGUUUUGAACAUGUUUAUAAAGAUUUGAGAGGGAGGAUGGGGAAAGAGGAGUCGGGAGGGGGGGUGGCCGGUGGUGAUCUGUCUCGGGGCUGUGGAACCAUGGAGUGGUGGGCUUGGCCAGACUGCCCAUUUAGAGGUGAACUUUAUAUUUUUUACUCUUCCUCAGUCUGAUGAAAAAGGGGCAUAGUUUGCCCCUCGGCCCCGCCUAUGAUCCCGCCCUCGCACUACCAACCCACAAGCCCCCCCAGCACACACACCCUUACCUCCCUUACAACCCACUCCUUUCUUUAGUUGCUGUAUCUUCUUGAUUUCAUUCUUUAUUCGCAUUAAUACUGUGAACCAUUGCGGUGUGGGAUUUUAGCAGGGAGCAAUUCAGGCCGCAAAAAAAAAGGAAAAAAAAGAAAAAAAAACACAUAAGUUAAUAUAUGUAUUGAUUAUAUAUAAAUAUAUGAAUAUAUAUGUUAAUAAAUCAUGACUAGACUUCCCUGGUGCAAAAAUAUCAACAAGAAAAAAAAGAAAACAAAGUUACUUACAAGUGAAACUAAAUCAAGUCGUCAUGGAAACUAAACCAAGACGGAGGAUUCAUUGUGACUGGCUCCUUUGACAGGAAAAGGCAUCAGCCUACUUGAUAAACUGAUACUGGUUAGUAUUAGACACAUUAUCACAUUCUUUUACAACGACAAAAAAAAUCUUUUGGCCUUCCGCCGAAACCCUGGCAGCCAUCUUUGUUUAGGGUCAACUAGAGGUGAAAACUUGACCUCACUUUUUUUGCUCCAUGACGGGGCGGAGUGAAGAGAGAACUCUGGGUAAUGGAGGAUCUCUCUGCAAACUUGAAGAAGACUGUGGACUAUGAAACGUCACUACUGCCAAAGACACAAAGUAGUGUGCGUGAGUGAACAAUGGCUACCAGCGAGGUGAAGCUAAGUGACUCCAAAAAAUUAAGAAUUUACAUGCAUGCUAAUCAAAAUCAUCCGAUCUGCUUUUAAGGAACCUAUGUUUUGAACAACUGAACAAUGAUACCAUGUAAGGGCAGUGGGAGUGACAAAGUAGAAAUUAAUAUUACAGUACUGUGUCUAUUUCAAUUUUUCUGUUUUGUUUGUUUUUUUUGAGUGGGUAAUUUGGGGUGGGGCUUCAUUACGCUUGAAACAAAAAGAACAAACUUUGGAGAACGUAUCAAGGCUUUUUUUUUUUUAACAGAAGAAAAUCUUCUUGCCUUUUAAUUUUAUUUUCUCGGUUCCUUUGAACUCUCACACAGCCUUAGUCUCUUUCUUUGUCUCAUUUUUCUUGUUCUUUGGUUUUGCGUUGUGUUGUUGUAAAUGAGAAUUUAAAAAAAGCGUAAUGUCUUUCAAGGUGCCAAAACUGAAUGAUUCUGAACUUGGAUGCAUCAAUCCUGAUGACGAAUAAAAAUUGAACCCCCCGUAGGGAACAGAACAA